GUGGUCGAGUCCGAACACCUGGUGCAAGGGAAAGACAUAAAAGAAGGUUGUUUCUUCUGUCACUCCAGGCGUCACCAAAAUCAACUGAACGUACACCCAUCAUGCUGGAGCUGAUCGUAUACGGAGUUCUGCUGUUCCUGUUGGUGCAGAUGUUCCGACUGUGGAUGGCGGACGGAGAUCUCUCGCUCAUGUGGUACGAGAGGUUUGGACAGAGUCCAGCCCAGCUGGCAGGUAAGGUGGUGUGGAUCACAGGAGCAUCCAGCGGGAUCGGAGAGGCCCUGGCUGUGGAGAUGAGUAAGGUGGGGACCAAACUGGUCCUGUCUGCCAGGAGGAAAGAAGAGCUGGAGAGAGUCAAACAGACGUGUGUCGAAACAGGUAACGUUGCUGAGAAGGAUGUGCUGGUGGUACCUUUGGACUCUGUAGCCCAUGACACCCAUGCCGGAUGUGUAAAGCGUGUUCUUGCUCACUUUGGCAAAGUUGAUGUCCUGAUAAACACCAGUUGGCGUAGCCAGCGGUCGUCAUUCUUGGAGACGACCUUGAUCAAUGAAAGAAAGGCUCAAUUUACCGUGCCACCACAGGUGUCGCUGACCAAGGCGGUCCUCCCCCACAUGAUGGAGCAGGGAGAGGGUCAGAUCGUGGUGACCGGCAGCACAUCAGGAAUGAUCGCUGAGGCUGGACUGUCCGCCUACUGUGGCAGUAAGUUUGCUCUGCGGGGUUUUUAUGGAGCCCUGCGGGCUGAGCUGCAGUCCUAUGACAUUGAUGUUCUGCUGGUUUGUCCCGGUCCAGUGGAGACGAAUGUGGUCCAGAACGCCAUGGUGGGAGACCCAGACAAGUUUUUCAACCAGGACCCAAAGUUGGACCCCAGCCACGCCAACGACGUGUCCGCGCCGCGCUGCGCCCGGCUGUUCAUGGUUGCCAUGGCAAACCGCCUGGAGGAGGUCUGGAUAUCCAGGAACCCAUGGCUGACUUACGCUUACCUCGUCUCUUACCUACCGUUCAUCGGAAACAGGUAG